AUAAUAAAACUAAUCAUAAUAAAUUCUUCUAUAAUCUUCAUAAUCCUAACAAUUAUAAUCUUAAUAUUAAACUUAAUUUCUAAAAAAACAUCAACUGACCGUGAAAAAUCAAGCCCAUUUGAAUGUGGAUUUGACCCUAAAUCAUCCUCACGACUACCAUUUUCUCUUCAUUUCUUUUUAAUUGCUAUUAUUUUCUUAAUUUUUGAUGUUGAAUUAACUAUUCUACUUCCUAUAAUUACUUCAGUAAAAUCCUCUAAUAUAAUUAUAUUUUCAAUCUUCAAUUGUUUCUUUAUUUUAAUUUUAAUCUUUGGAUUAAUCCAUGAAUGAAAAGAAGGAGCAUUAAAAUGAAUUAACUAG